CCGCGGUUGCUCAUAAACUCAACCUGUGGUUGUUCAGACUGAACUGUUUUUACCUUCAUCUGGUCGUUUCACCUUCCUGUUGGUGUGAUUCUGUGGGUGCACGAAGCACAUCGGCACCCACGCUUGGACGUACCUUAUUUUUCAAGUCUCAGAUUGAGUUGGCUGUAGUCAUGCAGGCACACGAGCUGUUGAAGCAGCUGCGAAUCCCUGAGCUCUCCGAGGUGAGGGACUAUUUCCGCAGCCUCUCCACAAACACCCUCCUCGGCAUGGGUGCGUUCACUGCCGUCACGGCGUACUGGUUCGCCACCAGACCCAAAGCCAUCAAACCGCCAUGUGACCUGCACAUGCAGUCAGUAGAGCUGCCGGUAAGACAACGCUACGUUAAGAUGAACUCAAAGCAAUCAAAGAUUUUAUAUAAAACUUUUUUGUCAGUUAUAGAUUUAUAUAAAACUUCACUUUAUGUCAAUCAGGGUGGGGAAUUCGCUCGUCGAGGAGCAGUUUUAAAUGGGGGUCCGCUCUUGACCUAUUUCUAUGAGGAUGCCAAGACCUUGUACGAGUGCUUUCAGAGGGGUCUGAGGGAGUCAAAAAAUGGUCCCUGUCUGGGAUCCAGAAAACCAAAGCAGCCGUAUGAAUGGCUUUCGUAUUCAGAGGUGAUUGAGCGAGCAGAGAAUUUGGGAUCAGCAUUAUUGCACAAAGGACACUCGAAGGAUAGAGACCCCUACAUCGGCAUCUUCUCUCAGAACAGACCACAGUGGACGAUUGCAGAGCUGGCCUGUUACACAUACUCUCUCAUAUCAGUUCCUCUUUAUGACACCUUGGGCACAGAGGCAAUGACCUACAUCCUCGACAAAACCUGUAUCUCUACAGUUGUAUGUGACAUACCUGAGAAGGCCAAGCUGCUGUUGGACUGUGUUUCGGGCAGACAGCACACCAUCAAAAACCUGAUCCUCAUCGAAAACUUUGACGCUGAUUUGGUCAGCAAAGCACAGCAGUGUGGCAUCGAAAUCAUCAGCCUGAAAGACGCAGAGAAUAUCGGCAAGGCUCAUCGACAGCGUCCUGUGCCCCCACAGCCUGAUGACUUGGCUAUUAUUUGUUUUACAAGUGGAACCACAGGAGAUCCUAAAGGAGCGAUGCUCACGCACAAGAACAUAGUGUCUAAUAUUUCUGCCUUCGUCUAUGUCACAAGGCCUUCUUGCCCCAUCGGUCCUCAGGACGCACACAUCUCCUACCUGCCCCUGGCACACAUGUUUGAGAGAGUUGUACAGGGUGUGACUCUGAUGCACGGAGCACGAAUCGGAUACUUUCAGGGUGACAUUCGAAUUCUUAUGGAUGACCUCACGACACUGAAGCCCACCAUAUUCCCUGUGGUUCCUCGUCUGCUCAACCGCAUGUUUGACAAGAUCUUCGGACAGGCCAACAGUCCUCUGAAGAGACGCAUCCUGGAGUUUGCCUUCAAGAGGAAAGAGAACGAGAUGAAGAGUGGGAUCAUGAGGAGAGACAGUGUGUGGGACAAGAUCAUCUUCAAGAAAGUCCAGGCCAGCGUUGGAGGAUGCGUUCGAUUGAUGAUAACUGGAGCGGCACCCAUUUCAGCUCCUGUUCUCACCUUCCUGCGAGCCGCGCUGGGCUGCCAGUUUUAUGAAGGAUACGGUCAGACCGAAUGCACUGCCGGCAGCACAACUACACUCCCAGGAGACUGGACUGCUGGUCACGUUGGAGCUCCUCUGCCAUGUAAUGACAUUAAACUAGUGGAUGUGGCAGAGAUGAACUAUUUUGCUGCUAAAGGCGAGGGAGAGGUUUGUGUGAAGGGUCCUAAUGUUUUUAAGGGGUAUCUGAAAGACGCUGAGAAGACGAAGGAGGCUCUUGAUGAAGGUGGUUGGGUUCACACAGGAGACAUCGGCAAGUGGUUGCCGAAUGGGACUCUAAAGAUCGUGGACCGUAAGAAGCACAUUUUCAAGCUGGCUCAGGGUGAAUACAUCGCUCCGGAGAAGAUCGAGAACAUUUACAUCAGGAGUGAAGCUGUGGCACAGGCUUUCGUACAUGGAGACAGUCUGCAGGCCUGUCUAGUAGCUAUCAUUGUACCUGAUCCAGACUUUCUGCCUGGCUGGGCCAAGAAGAGAGGCAUGGGGGGCUCAUAUGAAGAACUGUGCAAAAAUAAGGAGGUAAAGAAAGCCAUUCUGGAGGACAUUGUCAGAUUGGGCAAAGAAAGUGGCCUGAAGUCUUUUGAACAGGUGAAGGACAUUGCUCUUCACACCGAGAUGUUCUCCACCCAAAACGGCCUCCUGACGCCCACCCUGAAAGCCAAACGCGCUGAUCUCAGGAACCACUUCAGGAAACAGAUUGACGAGCUUUACUCCAACAUCAAAAUGUAGACCUGAGGAAGUGCCUCAGAUAUUUCAGAGUAACAGAGCUGAUGUGGGUCCCAUGACUGAAUAGAGCUGGUCCAAAAUGAGAGACUUGAGAGAGCUUAUUGUGAACUGACGUAGCAUCAGUUUUCAGUGCCUUUCAGAAUAAGAUUAUAUACAGUAGAUCAGCUGUGUUACUCGAAGCUUCAUCACUCAGCUUCAGCUUUUAAGAUCAUGCCUCAGGAAAACGUCCCUGCAUUUUGACACUAUCAAUUUUGCCUUUGACUGUUUUAAGAGAAAGGGAAGAGAAACCAAGAACAAAAACAUGCUAAUCAUGUUAUUGAGAACAAAACAAUGUUCUCUUUAAGUGCAAUUUUUUUUCUAAAGAGAUGAUAUAGAUAAGCCAAACAUGCUAUUCUAGCUAAAUUUGCUGAAAAUGUACUCAACAUCACUCCAAGAUGAAGUUGAGUUUCUUUGUUCAUAAGAACAGAUUUGGAUAAAUUUAGCAAAAUGUCAUUUGCUCACCAAUGGAUCUUCUGCAGAGAAUGGGUGCCAUCAGAAUAAGAGUCCAAACAGCUGAUAAAAACAUCACAAUAAUUCACAAGUAAUCCACACAACUCCAGCCCAUCAGUUAACAUCAUGUGAAGUGAAAAGCUGCAUGUUUGUAAGAAACAAAUCCAUCUUUUUGUAUCUUCAAUCAGUUGCUUCUAGCCAAAAUAUUGCGUUCUCCAGUGAAAGUCAUCUAAUAUGAAUCAGGAGAGAAAUAUGCACAGAUCAAACACUGUUUACAAUCAAAAAAACAGUACAAAACUGUUUUAAACAAAUAUGUGGGUUGAUUUUGAUAUGGGAGACAAUAGGAAAUUGACUUUUUCACUGGAGGAAGCAUUAUUAUGCAUCAUGGACUUGGAUAUUUUAGCAUAAAGUGACUUAGUGUUUAAAGUGAGUCUUGAUGGAUUCGUUUUCUUACAAACAUGCAGCGUUUUGCUUCAUAGACAUUAAUUGAUUGUCUGUAGUCGUGUGGAUUGGUUGUGGAUUAUUGUCAUGUUUUUAUCAGCUGUUUGGACUCAUUUUGACGGCACCCAUUCACUACAGAGGAUCUGUUGGUCAGCAAGUGAUGUAAUGCUACAUUUCUCCAAAUCAGCUACCAUGAAAUCUGAAAUAAACUCAUCUACAUCUUAGAUGGCCUAAACGUGAGUACAUUUUCAGCAAACUAUUCAUUUUGAAGUUUUAAGUGUUUUUUGGCCUUUAUAAAAAAUGUUUAAGUUAGGCUACUGCAUUAGCUGCGGUGGCAUUAUCGUGUAAUGAUCUCACAUUGUAUAUGUGUGUGUUUGGGAACUAUUAUAUACAGUCUCAGGGAAAAAAUGUGCCUUAUUAUUGGACGCCAGCUGCAUUUGAGUGUUAUUGAUGAGAGAGAAAAACACACACAUGCAAAAAUAAAUUAAUAAAUAAAAUAAAAUUUGUACUGUACCUCAUAAUCAAAAUGAAGGGCAACUACACUCCACACUAGAUGGAGAGUGGGAAACAUUUCACGAUUUUCUCUUCCAGUAGAUGUUUUAAUGUUCUGAAGCCUUUUUCUGGACUCUUUAUUAACAGGUUGUAAAAUGGAAAAAAAAAAGGAAAUUGUUUAUUGUUUUAGCAAAACAACUGUUAUUGGUUCUUUAUUCAAGAAACACCAGCAAAGCAGAUUUGUUAAGUUCAAAUUUUUCAGUAUGAUUCAAUAUGUCUGUAUAGAAUGUAUUCCAAAACAACUUUACAAAGAAAUGUGCAGAUGAUUCAUAAAUCUGUUUUAUGAUUGAUUCACUUAUAUUAGUUUUGCUUGUGUUUCAUGCAUAAAGUCUACUGAGUUAAAACACAGCCUGUGUCAUUACAAUAUGUACUUGUAUAAGCCAUAUGCUGUCUAUAUGAUGCUUUCCUUGUCUCUAAUGUUGACUUUAAGACAGCUUACAUUCUUAGCACAAGCAACAACUAAUAUUGUUUCUUAUUUAUGUGCAGGCUUUGAAUGGCAGGUGUUUUCAAGUGUGAUAUUAUAUAUGUGACAUGUCUCAUAUCAUUAUGCUGUAACAGCAUAGCAGAAUACAGGAGCUUUCCACACAUGUCCGUAUGUUUCAUUCAAGGUUGCUGCUUCGUGUUCAUUGUAAUUGUGUGUUUAUUGCACAGGUUGUUUUUAUUGUUUGUUUUAUUCAAGCUUUAUCCUGUGUGUGAGAUGACCUGUAGAUAAGCCAAAUCAACUGUCAUGUGUGGGACAAACUAAAGUGCACUCUUGAAACUGAUUCACUUGUACUCAAAUACAUUAUGGUGACGAUAAUGAUAAAUGUAAAUUUUCCAUGUAAGAGAUGUACAUGAUUGAAAUUAAAUAUGAUUUAUGGAUGACGAUAAAACGUUGUUUUCUCUUUCA